AUGUUUGUGACACCUCCGAACAAGAGAUUACGCCGAAGGUUGCGCGAGCAAGUCGAUGCACACGACGAGACCAAACCCGGUAACGUGGCCACCAUGGAGUUACCUAAGUGUGAAGUUCUAGAUCGUGAACCCUGUGUCCCCACCACGUCACGAACCAAAGAGGAGAACAUUCACGACCAGCUCCAGAAGAAUGCCACACCCUACAAAUCCGUUAUAGAAGGAUCGAGAGCAUCGUCGAGGUCAAAGAGGUCAACUGCGUCAUCAACCGCCAAGCGCAAACAAUUGGAACUAGAAGCUGCCGAAGCUAAGGCAAAAAUUCAAUUGCUGCUGAUAGAUAAACGCUUGGAAGCCGAUUUAGCCAAGAUAGAAGCUGAAGAAGAAGAGUCGGAUGAAGACAAGAGCACGACGACUAUUGAUGAUCACCGAAGGUCACAAGUGGAGGAGUGGCUGAACCACAGCCAGCAGGCGGGCCCCGCCGGCGCCACCAGCCGGCCGCCGUCGCCGCCUCCGCCACCCGCGUCUGCUCCGCCGGCCCCCGCGCCGGCCGCGCCCGCUGCAGGUGUACCCGCCGCUGCACGCCACGCACCUGUCCAGCACCAGGAUCAAUCAUUGUCCAGCAUCAGACAACUAGCGCUGGAACUCAAGAAUAUGAUGGUAUCAUCACCAGCGCCCCCAGAUGAACGCCUCCUCAGUCGCUUAUCAACACCCCGUGACCUACCAAGCUUCGGUGGUGAUUGUAUUGAGUGGCUCCACUUCAAGACUGCGUAUGAUGAGUCUACCCGUGUGUGCCAGUUCAGUGACUCCGAGAACUUGUGGAGAUUGCGCAAAGCACUUCGUGGUGAAGCUCUGGAAGCCGUCACCGACCUGCUGAUCGGCAACACACCGCCGGGAGUCGUCAUGGAGUCGCUACAGUUGAGCUGUGAUGCGCCUGUGUGCGACGUCGAUGACUGCGGACUCGCACACCACCGUCUGCUGCACUGGAAGAAGCCCGGAUCAGCUGAUGACAUUGACCCGAGUUCAAUGUCACCGCCGCCGCCGCCGCCGCCGAGAGAUACGGUGGCCCACGUCGCCUCCAGCAGUGACGUAUCCGCGACGUCAUCGGGUGACGUCAUGCUCAAAGUGGUUAAAGUGAAAUUGUGCGGUCCUAAUGGUGAUGUGUGUACCUAUGCGUUAUUAGAUGACGCCGCGUCAGUGUCACUCAUAGACUCCGAAUUAGCUAACCAGCUCGGACUCGAGGGGCAGCAAUCAAGUGCCGUUAAGUUCAUUGAUGCAUUCGGACUAGAGGUGUAUCAAUCAGACGCGCCCAAAGUGUGUACUUCGAUAUCCGGCCAAGAUAAUGACAAUAGCUAUGACAUUACGUUGCGCAAAGUGUCUAAGUUAAACCUACCUAUGCAAAACCUAUCUGUUGUAAAUAAUAUUACUUCUGAGCAUCUGUUGCAUUUAAAGAAUGAUGUGUGUAAUGAAAAUGUUGUUCCACGAUUGUUAAUUGGUGAAGAUAAUUACUUUCUUUUAGCACCUCUCGAUGUAAUCCAUGGUAACAAAGAUGAGCCGUAUGCAACUCGCUGCCGCUUAGGUUGGUCCAUUCACGGCUACUGUGGUCGCUCUCACUACAAUACUCACUUUCAGAAGGACACCGGAUACGCCGAACACUACCGGAAGGAGGUGCACAAGUUGUUCGAGGACGGCUACGCGCGCGAGCUCACGGAGGACGAGCUCGCCGCCGACCAAGUAUGGUAUCUCCCACAUUUCGGCGUCCAGAACCCCAAUAAACCGGGAAAACUCAGAUUGGUAUUCGACGCAGCCGGGAAAGUCAAAGGUACGUGCCUGAAUGAUUACCUACUCACGGGACCUGAUUUGUACAACUCACUGCUCGGCAUUAUGUACAGAUUUCGAGAGAAUAAAAUCGUAAUAACCGGAGAUAUAAAGGAUAUGUUCCUCAGGAUAAAUAUUCGGUCUGAGGAUCAAAAUGUCUUGAGAUUUUUAUGGCAGGAGCCACCGCCACCAGCGCCACCCGCGCCGCCGGGCCCCCGGGCUCCCACUACUCCUACUCAAUCUCCACUAAAAAUAUGUACGAUGCAAAGUUUAAUAUUUGGUGCUACAUGUUCGCCUUUUAUAGCUCAAUAUAUUAAAAAUAAAAACGCAUUAAAAUACGAAGAUUUGUAUCCUGAAGCCGUACAAGCCAUAAUUAAAAAUCAUUACAUGGAUGAUUGUUUGUAUUCUUGUGACAGUGCGGAAACUGCAAUUAAUUUAGUAAAUCAAAUCACAACAAUUCAUAAAUACGGAGGUUUCGAGAUAAGACGUUGGUCGAGCAACUGUAAACAAGUUUUAGAUAACAUUCCUUCAGAUGCGCUCGCACAGACUGCCAUUCAAAUGAAAGACGGAGCUACGAACAUGAGUGAGCGCACAUUAGGAUUGAUAUGGCAUCCUGCAGAAGAUUGUUUCGCCUUUAAGGUAUCGUUUUCUCGCGUUUCUCAGGAAGUUCUAGACGGGACUACACCGCCUACUAAAGCUAAAAUGUUAGGACUUAUAAUGUCUAUUUAUGAUAUUCACGGGUUCUUAUCGCCGUUUAUUAUAAAAAGUAAAGUAAUAUUACAGGACGUGCAUCGUAGCGGUAUAGAUUGGAACUGCCACAUCCAAGCUAAAGAGUUUAGUAGUUGGUGUAAAUGGCUCGAUGAAUUAAAGUUGUUAGAAUCUAUACGUAUACCGCGUUGGUACUUAAGCGAUGAUAACUGGACUGAAUGUUAUUCAGUAACGGAGCCCGAAUUAUGCGAUAAGAAGAUCGUAAAUAAUACUCAGAUGCAUAUUUUUUGCGACGCGUCCAUUAAGGCAUAUGCUACGGUCAUAUUUUGGCGUUUUACUCGGUUUGAUGGUCGAGUUAAGGUUUGUUUUGUAGGCAGUAAAUGUAGGGUGACCCCUCUUCGGCCUGUUUCAAUUCCACGAUUGGAAUUGCAGGCAGCGUUACUGGCCGCGCGACUCGCACAUACUGUACAGACUGAGCACAAGGACAUUCAGCCAAACCAGCGAUUCUUUUGGACAGACUCGAGCACCGUGCUGCAGUGGCUGCGCAGCGACCCGCGCAGCUACAAGCCGUACGUGGCGCACCGCCUGGGCGAGCUGGACGAGCUGGCCGCGCCCGCCGAGUGGCGCCACGUGCCCUCGCGGCUCAACGCGGCCGACGUGGCCACGCGCCCCGACGCGCCGCCGCUCGCCCUCACUGACGCGUGGUUCCAGGGACCCGCCUUCCUCCGACGUCCAGAAGAAGAAUGGCCUAAGGACCUCAAGACAUGCAAGAUCGUAGACGAAGCCGCUUGCGAGGAGAGAAAUAUUAAUCUAGUCGUAUCACGUGACACUUCAGUCGCCCCAGAUGCGUUACGGCUACCUAAUGAAAAUAAUAUUUCUAAGUGGACCACUCUAUUGCGAAGUACUGCACGAAUUCUAUUGUUAUUUAGAAGACCCAAGGGUGAUUAUUGCUUAGACGUGGAUUUAAUGCGGAAAGCUGAGACUUUAGUCCUACGCAAAUCGCAACAAGAUGCCUUUGGUCAAGAAAUCGAAUGUCUUCGGAACAAUAAACCUUUGCCAUCUAACAGUCGGCUGAUAAAACUGACUUCAUAUCUAGAUGACGACGGGUUACUUCGUGUAGAAGGUCGAAUCGACAAAGUGACAGGUGUGAGUACUUCGACCACGCGCCCCGCCAUCCUCGACGGCAAGCACCGGGUGGCGCAGCUGCUGGUGGAGCACGAGCACCGGCGCGCGCUGCACGGCGCCCACGAGCACGUCGUGAACGAGCUGCGCCAGCGCUACUGGGUGGUGAAGCUGCGCAGCGCCGUGCGCGCCGCCGCCGCGCGCUGCCUGCUCUGCCGCCGCCGCCGCGCCGCGCCCGCCGCCCAGCGCAUGGGGCCGCUGCCCGCAGCGCGCCUGCAGCACCACAGGCGACCUUUCAGCUGCACAGGGAUCGACUAUUUUGGUCCGAUGGAGAUAACAGUAGGCCGCAAGAGACAGAAGGUCUAUGGUGUGUUAUUUACAUGCCUCACCAUCCGCGCUAUUCAUAUUGAGUUAGCUGAGAGCCUCACAACUGAUAGCACAAUAAUGGCCCUGCGAAGAAUGAUUGGCCGCAGGUCCACACCGAGCGUAAUCUGGUCCGAUAACGGGACCAACCUUCGAGGAUGUGAUGCGGAACUACGCCAGAGUAUACGGGAGCUGAACACCGAGAAGCUACGCGAAGAUGGCCUCAGCAGAGGCAUAGAGUGGAGGUUCAUUCCACCAGGUGCGCCUGAGAUGGGCGGCGCCUGGGAGAGGAUGAUACGAACAGUAAAAACAGCCUUGAAAGUUGCGUUAAAGGAACGCGCUCCACACCGAGAGACACUGUCAACCCUGUUGGUUGAAGUGGAAGCGCUAGUCAAUAGUCGUCCGAUCACUCACGUAUCCACGGAUCCCAACUACCCGGAAGCCCUAACUCCGAAUCAUUUUUUAAUCGGAACUUCUUCUAACGGCCCAGCUUUCGGUAAAUACGAUGACGGCGACCUCUGUCUUAGGAAACAGUGGCGUAUAGCGCAGCGUCUAGCUGAUAUGUUUUGGAGUAGGUGGAUCAAAGAAUAUCUUCCAACUCUGUUACCUAGGCAAAAAUGGCAAACUGACGAAAGAGCGUUGCGAGUUGGAGAUUAUGUUGUAUUGGUAGAUACUAAAGUAGACCGUGGUUGUUGGCGCCACGGAGUAGUGAGCGCGGCGCACGCCGGCGCCGACGGCCGCGUGCGCGUGGUGGACGUGCGCACGCGCGCCGGCGUGCUGCGCCGCCCCGCCACGCGCGUCGCCCUGCUCUCACCUAUUGAUUCGUAG